AUGUCUUCCAUCCCGUCUAACAAAUACAAACUUCUUACCUCGUUUGCUGAAAAAAUAAUUCGUCUGUCAAACAAACAUGAAAACCUCACACAAAACCCUUCUGCCUCUCCUUGGGACCCAAAUAAACCAAGACAACCAGACACCGAGACACCAACGGCCUUCGGCAUCCACGACGGCCUCCUAAACCUCAUGGAAAGAGUAUACUUUCUACACACCCUCGCCCGCGCAACAGGAAGCCUGGAUUCACACUCAAUCCCACAAGCCCUCGCCAUAUGGAACGAUCUAGAGCACCUGAAUCCCCCAGAAACCCUCGAUUCAUCCGGGUAUCUUUCCCUACAUGCAUCCUGUGUAUCAGCACUCUUUGUAUGGCUCUAUCUUGUCGUGCACCCGGAGAAUAUGGAAGAUGAAAAGGUUCAAAAUACUGUAUAUACAGGCCUUGUUAACGCGGAGAAUAUCUCUGAUGUUGAAGUUUUCCCGUUCUUGCUUAUUCCCGCUUUUUGCCUUGGUAUAGCAAGUAUUCGACUGGAGGAUAGAGAUAUGGUGAAGGGUAUUUUUGACAAGGCUGAGCGGUCAGGGAUAGCGAGGAGGUUUAGGGAGACUGUGAAUGAAAGCUGGAAGCGAUGGGAUAGGGGUGUGAAAAGGAGCUGGGACUCGGGAGUUUGA